AUGCCUCCAAAGAUCGACCCCAACGAGAUCAAGGUGAUCCACCUGAGGGCCACUGGUGGAGAAGUCGGUGCUUCAUCCGCUCUUGCUCCCAAGAUUGGUCCCCUCGGUUUGUCACCAAAGAAGGUUGGAGAAGAUAUCGCGAAGGCCACUGGCGAUUGGAAGGGUCUCCGGGUCACAGUCAAGUUGACAAUCCAAAAUCGACAAGCCGCCGUCUCGGUCGUUCCCUCCGCAUCGUCCCUCGUCAUCAAAGCCCUCAAGGAGCCACCACGAGAUCGCAAAAAGGAGAAGAACAUCAAACACUCCAAGUCAAUCACACUGGAUGAGGUUAUCGAAAUUGCGCGCACAAUGAGAUUCAAGUCUCUGUCGAAGGAGCUAAAGGGAGGUGUUAAGGAGAUUCUAGGCACUGCAUUCAGCGUUGGAUGCCAGGUUGAUGGAAGAAGUCCAAAGGAUGUCAGCGAUGAUAUCGAGAGCGGAGAGAUUGAGAGUAGGGUUCCCCCCACGGUCCUCGAACAUAACACAUGCUGA